UAGCCCGAUAAUGUGGCAUUUCAAGUCGACAGACAUCAGGUCACAUUGGGCUCGAAAUUAUUUUAGUAUUUGAAUCUAUUUUCGAUUUUUUUUCAAAUGUCAACGAUUGGCAUCAAUGGCCCAAGUGCGGGAAUGCCCUUUCAGCUGACGGACCAACAGCUUUCGGAGUGGCGCUUCGACUUCUACGGGUCACCGAGUAACCGGCUGGCCCAAAACGUAUGCACGGCCCGUAACCCGAUAAAUGCCUGUCUGAGAUCUGCGGCGGAACUGAGCCAGGUACUUGACGGCGACAAGAAAUGGUACGAGGUGAGUGCAACGGGGAAGGCCACCACGGGCGGACCUGGAUGGAUAUGCACCGGUUUGGACCUGUUGCGCUUGGAAUUUGUCAAGAAGUAUCCGGCGCCGGCGGAUUUUGAGUUUUCCGCGGGGCAUUUGGUCUUUUGGCACAAACUGGAGCGUUGCAACUACUUUCUGUGCACCGUGUCGGCGCUCCUGGAACGGUGUGAACCCCUGGAUGGACGCAACUUCCGGCAUCUGAUGAAGCACGCGGCACCGGACGGCGGCAACUGGCACAUGUUUGUGAAUUUGGUGAAAAAGCACGGUGUAAUGCCGAAAUCGUGCUACCUAACUCCUAAUUCAAAGUCAGUCACCAAGUUAAAUAAAAUUCUGAGGAGCAAGCUCCAUGAGUACUCCAGUUUGCUAUAUGCCCAGUUCACCUUCGAUGGAGAUGCCUCUCGCUUGCCAAAACUCAUUGGAAGGAUGAUGCCAAGGCUGUAUAAAGUGGUGAGCAUUUGCCUUGGUGAGCCACCCGAGGAGUUCAACUGGACCUUCUACGAUCAGAAGAAGCGUUUCCAAAGCCUGGAAUACCUAAGUUCUUUGCAGUUUUACGAGAUGAUGGUGGCCAAUGAUACCAAUCUGGACGAAUUCGUUUGCCUAGGUCACGACCCCCGUUUAUCCGCCGGCUAUCACACCAACUUCGAAGUGGCCCACAGCUCGAACAUGGUGGAUGGACUGACCCACCGAUUCAACAACCAGCCCAUGGAGGUCCUGUUCCAGGUGAUGAUCGAUUCCCUGACCGGAGGCAAAGCUGUUUGGCUGACCUGUGACCUUUGUCCGAGAUUUAUGGCGAAAAGGGAGACCCUUAGCCUAAUCCAGAAGUCCCAUAACUUCAGCGUCCUUUUUGGCGUGGAAGUGGGUAACUCCUUUAACAAGGCGGACAGAAUGGUCUAUAAAGAAUCACGUCCAGACGCAGCGCUCCUUCUAACCGCCGUUGGACUCAAUUCUAUCAAUGAUCCGGUGGAAUUCCACAGCAUUAGUGCCUCCGUGGCGGGCAAGACUGAAUCCACUAUAAGUCUGCACGAGGAUAAUGAUGAUGAUGAGGAGGAGGAGAAGAAGGAUAAGGACAAAAAUGAUGCCGCGAAGAAGAAAGGUAAAAAGACUAAGGCAGCCACCGUUGAUGCGGACUGGUUACGGGAAUAUGGCUUUGAGAUUAUUGUCCACGAAAGUUUUGUUCCGGUCGAUAUUUUAAAUGCCAGCCGAUUCCCCAAGCUCACAAUGCUGCCCCCAUGGGACCCUAUGGGGUCUCUGCUGGGCUGAUAUCGCCAGGAUUCAUAUGGAAAAGUCCUCUGCCAAGGCCUCUGGUGGACAUAUGUUGCAUUUGAAUCUGUGAUCUUGAUAAGAAUGAAAUAUAUAGUAUCUGCAGACUUCACCUUUUUGGUCCCUAA